GACGACAUAACUUUUUUCUUGUUCAAUUUUCACCUCUUGGACCUGUUGGUGCACUUUUUUCAUGUUUUUUUGUUUGUUUCGUAUUAGUAGAAUUUGUCCCGGGGACUUAAAAAUGAGUUUCGGCCACACUUGCUGUUUAGACUCGCACGUCUUCCCCUUCUGAACAGAGGAGGCGCUACAUAUAAAAUAUGACGCUGUACUACUUCCGCCCGUCGUCAGCGAAGAAGAAACGUCGCGGGCUCCGUUCGAACUGAGAGAAGCAGCUGCAAGUUUCCCUAUAAUGUCCGGAGGGGAUAAGUUUCAAGACUUUGAGGAGACGCUGGAAGCCCUGGUGGCCAUCGGUAGCAGUCAACCGGAGAAACUGAUAGGAGUGAAGAAUGAACUUAAGAUCCUUGUUGACCGACAUGCAGAGACCAAAAAGAUCAUGAUGCAGAUGAUACAAGAGGUGGCUCAGCAUGAGGAGAAUGUUGGCCAAAGACUCCUUGAUGUGGAAGAGGAAAAGAAACAAAGAAGGAAGGAGCUGGAUAGUCUGGAAGAGCAGCUGAUGCAGUGCACUGCCAAGAGUCAGACAAUUGACUCGGAAUUGCAGUUCCUGCAGAAUAAGUUGGAUAUGCUGAAGAGCUCAGAAGAUGACCUCAACGCUCUUGCGAAGGAGGUGGACGAAGACACCACUGAGAUCAUCCCGUCCGCAAUACAUGUCGUGAAUCUGUUCCACGUCAUAACAAAGAUCAAGUGGGAAUACGACACAGAGUCACACAUUCUAAAAGGAGUGCAUUAUGGCAAAGACCUGGCGACGCCCAUUCAAAUUGACACCUCAGUGCAAUCCCCCUGUGAUGUAAGCGACAAGUUGUGGCAUUUUGUGAACCCUGAGUGGUAAAUCGUGGUUUUGUUGCUGAUAUGUAAAUGUUUUUCACUUGCAACAGUAGCUAAUAUUUUUUAAGUUUUGGUUCUGUAGCAAUUAUGUGUAAUAAAGUAGGUGUUUUGCAACUUGCUCACAUUUUUCAAACCGAAACAAUAUAACAAGAACACCAGUGGUUUAGCUGAAAUCAUGUAUUUUUAAGUCAAUAUCUGACACAUUAUAUUGCAUACAAACUGUUGGUUGGCCAAAUUUAAAAUAGCUGCCUUUCAUUUCUGUCGCUCACUACUGUCUCCAAAUCAGAUUUUUUACUAACUACAGUUGUGAUCAAAAUUAUUCAACCCCUACACAAUUUUGGUGUUUUAGCAAGUUGGACAUUUAUUCCGUAUUUUGUUUAUAGUCUUAUCAAAUAAAGAUGUGUCAAAUAGACAAAUGCAA